GCCAUGGGCAGGGGCGACUGGGACUGCGGGGCGUGGGAAGGACUGGGGGAGACUGGGGUGAGAAGGGUAGAAGAAGGCCAGCAGUGGGAUGGGGAGGGGACAGUGGGGAGGUCCUAGACAGAAAGGGCACAGGGCAGCGUGUGGGUGCCCUGUCAUCAGGGCAAGUGAACUAUGGUGAGCCAGCGGUCUCUGCUGCUCCUUUUGCUGUUGACCCUACGGGAUGUGGACAGCUGCCAGGGUCCCGAACUUGUCCGGGAGCUCAUCCUGGCCAAGGUGAAGGCUCUAUUCCUAGAUGCCUUGGGGCCCCCAGCAAUGGAUGGGGAAGGUGGGGGUCCUGGAAUAAGGCGUCUGCCUCGAAGACAUGCCAUUGGGGGCUUCAUGCACAGGACCUCUGAACCGGAGGAGGAAGAUGUCUCCCAGGCCAUCCUUUUCCCAGCUACAGGUGCCACCUGUGAGGACCAGCCAGCUGCCAGAGGGCUUGCCCAGGAGGCUGAGGAAGGCCUCUUCACUUAUGUAUUCCGGCCAUCCCAACACAUACGCAGCCACCAGGUGACUUCAGCCCAGCUGUGGUUCUACACAGGCCUAGGCAGGAAGAGCACAGCAGCCGCCAAUAGCUCUGAGCCCCUGCUAGAUCUUCUGGUGCUAUCAUCUGGGGGGCCCAUGGCUGUGCCUGUGUCCUUGGGACAUGGCCCGCCACGUUGGGCUGUACUGCACCUGGCUACGUCUGCUUUCCCUCUGCUGACUCACCCCAUCCUGGUGUUGCUGCUGCGAUGCCCACUUUGUUCCUGCUCCGGCCAGCCUGAGACCACUCCUUUCCUGGUGGCCCACACUAGGGCUCGAGCACCCAGUGCGGGGGAGAGGGCCCGGCGUUCAACUCCCUCUGUGCCUUGGCCUUGGUCUCCUGCGGCUUUGCGGUUGCUGCAGAGGCCUCCCGAGGAACCCGCUGCGCAUGCCUUCUGCCAUCGAGCUGCUCUCAAUAUCUCCUUCCAAGAGCUGGGCUGGGACCGCUGGAUCGUACACCCUCCCAGUUUCAUCUUCCACUACUGCCAUGGUAGCUGCGGGAUGCCCACAUCUGACCUGCCCCUGCCAGUCCCUGGGGUGCCCCCUACCCCGGUUCAGCCCCUGUUUUUGGUGCCAGGGGCCAAGCCCUGCUGUGCUGCUCUUCCAGGGAGCAUGAGGUCCCUACGCGUCCGAACCACCUCAGAUGGAGGUUACUCUUUCAAGUAUGAGAUGGUACCCAACCUUAUAACGCAACACUGUGCUUGUAUCUAAAAGCACCUUCGCCUCCUCCUCCCAUGGCCGAUGACCACCGUCAAUUCACCACCCCAGGGUCCUCAGCUAGGAGGAGGACAGAGUGUGGAAAGUAGACAGUUUCCACUUCCUUUUCCCUACAUCUUUCUGUAUGAGGGUUCCAUAUCCUGCUCCACCCAGGUCCUGUGGAUAACAAUAAAGAAGGAAGUGUGUGUGACUUUGUA